AUGAUUUUCCCAGAGAGAUCCAUUCCACGAAGUUUAAUAUAUGGCGCUAGAAAAGGAGGUGAGAGAAGUGGAGCAUAUCUGUUUCUACCUGAUUUGCCUGCCCAGACCGUACAAAAUUCACUUGAUUCAAAAUCCGUUGUGGUUAUUAUUAAAGGACCGUUAGAAUCUAGAGUUCAGGUCAAUUUACCUUAUGUAUUGCAUGAAACAAUAAUGAGGACAAUUCAGUCUUCUGACCUAGAAAUGAAGAAUCUACAAUAUUGGAAAUACGAACACUUGGUGUUUGCUAAUACCCAUAAUGCGGAAUUAGCUAUGAGAAUUGCUACCGACAUUUCAAACAAAGAUGAAUUCUUUACUGAUUUGAAUGGUUUGCAGAUGAUUAGAAGAAAGCGUUUUGAUAAAUUACCUUUGCAAGCAAAUUAUUAUCCUGUACCAUCCGCCAUGUUUCUUCAGGAUGAAACUAGAAGGAUGACAUUGAUAUCUGGACAACCUUUAGGAGGAACAUCACCUCGAUCUGGCACUUUAGAGAUAAUGCAAGACAGACGUUUGAAUCAAGAUGAUAAUAGAGUGGAAGCAGUGAGAGCAGCACGACGAAGAACCAGCAAAUCCGCUGGAUAUUUGUCUAAGGAAGCAUUAUUGCAGAGAGACUUAAUGCACUAUCCAAUUGACAAAAUGUUGUAUUCACAGGAUGGUUGGCCUGAACAUAUGUUAAGAGAGUCUUCAAUAACCAAAAAUCCAUCAGAUUCAUUACCUCCGGGCAAACUACCUACAGAUGUAUUCCUUGCAUCAGUAUUAGUAGAAGAAAAUACACCUUCUGCUACAACAAUUGGAGUUCUAAUGCAUAAACCUCAACACGACUCCUGUAUAAGACAACAAAAUGAUGAUGAUUCAAUGAUGAAUUUUUCAACAUUGUUUAAUGUUCGAAGACCAAAAUCUUAUGUCGAAACGACUAUUACAUUUUUGAAAACAUUAAGCGAAGCUAAAAGUGCUUUCUCUCCAUUAAGAUUUUGCCCCAUGGACAUCAAGGCAGUGCAUGUUAAUUUUUGAGUGGUAUACAAAUAAUAAUAAGCAUAAAGAAUUAAUAAGCACCAGUGAUUUAUUUUUAAUUUAUUGUUGUAUUGUGUUGUGCGUGUACAGAAUGUUUGAGCAG